AAACUGCAAAGCUUAUACAUAUGCUCGAAUCAAUAUCUCAUUGAUUAAUAGAAUCAUAAUUGAACGUUCUCAAUCAAUUUGUUCGUGUACUAUUUUUCUGUGUUUCUUUUUUCCUUUUUUCUUUGUUUAAAAUUAAAAAAACCGACAAAAGCAGAACUGGAAUAUGGAAUUCUUCCACAAGGCCAAGGUGGUUCGAUUGUACAGACCCCGGCAUGGAAAAUACCUAAUUGCCCAAGAGGAUCAAGAGUCCGUCAAGCAGGACCGAAAUGGAUCGUCCAGGCAAGCCCGAUGGACCGUCGAAUUUGUACCCGGCUCCGACUCCAUUAUCCGCCUUAGGAGCUGCUAUGACAAGUACCUCACCGCCUCAAACCAACCAUUUCUGAUUGGAUUGACCGGUCGGCAAGUCCUCCAGACGCUGCCUGCACGUCUCGACUCUCCGGUGGAGUGGGAGCCAAUCAAAUGCGGCAACCACAUGAGACUCAGGAGCCGCUUUGGUCACAGCUUCCUCAGGGCCAAUGGAUCGCUGCCACCUUGGAGGAACACUGUCACCCAUUUCACGGCUGACGGAAGUAUCCCAAACUCCGACUUGGAUUGGGAUGCUGAAAUUCUUGAGAUACAUAAGGAUACAACGUCAUCUCACAUACAACCUCCUCCUCCUCACGUACAUGUCAAUGGCAAUGCUUCGGCUCCAGCUUCUGCACGUGCUCCGGCUCCAGCUUCUGCACGUGCUCCGGCUCCAGCUUCUAAACAAGGUAGCAUUAGUUCCUUCCAAUAUGCGAUGGCAGGACUUAGCGCAGGAAAUCUAGGAGUUGGUUUAGUAAAUCUUAUGCCGGACGGUGCGGAUGCGAACGGACAUCUGACAGGAGUUGCGGACACGACUGGAGUUUCAGAUGCGACUGGAGUUGCCGACGCAGCCGGAGUUAUGGAUCCAACCGGAGUUGCUGAUGUUACAACCGCAGCUGCAGGAGGUAUCGACGCGGGAGGUCUAGCAGGAGAUAUCGUGAACAUGGCAAGUAAUUGUCCCGUGAUGUGAAAAAACCAGCUGCUUCAUCAUAUUUAGUAGUAUAGUGAAAUAAAUUAGCAGUUAUUCAGCAAAUUUAUGUUCUAUUUAAAGCUUUAAUUUGUUUUUAUGUACUCUUUAAGCAAUAGAAUAUCAAUGAAUAACAACGUUAGUGAUACUAAAUAAAUAUAUCAAAAUGUGUGCUAAAUGUAUUGUGUUGAUUU